AUGUCUCAUCUCCGCUUCUACAACUACCCGGGCGUCGGAGAGCAGAACAACGAGACAUAUGCAUACAGCCAGGCAGUACGCAUAGGAGACCGAAUCGAGAUUUCCGGCCAAGGCGGCUGGAAGAGCGAAGGACCCGUGAACGCCAUCUCGACCGACCUCGACGAAGAGGUCGACCAGGCGUUCGCGAACGUCGACCUGUGCCUCCGACACGCCGGCGGCCAGGGCUGGUCGCAGGUCUUCCGCGUCAACUCGUACCAUGUGCCCCUGGGCGACGAGGCGUUUGGCGCCAUGGUGCGGAACUUCCGCAAGUGGAUGCCUGACCACCAGCCGUUGUGGACGACUGUUGGGGUCCCGAAGUUGGGUCUGGAUAACAUGCACGUGGAAAUCGAGGUUGUAGCCCAUGAUCCCGAGGGGGCGAAGAAGGCGAGUGAGGAGGAAGGGUCGAAGAAGGCUUGA